CACAGAAUAGCAUUCCCAAAAUUUUUUUUAUGUCUAAUUCAUUUUCUUCGCUAAUAAUUUGUAUGGGUAACUAACCAGAAUAUUUCUUAUAAUUAAAGUGUAAUAUCUGAGAAUCAAAGUGAGAUAAUAUUUCUUGAAUCAAAGCUUGCGCAACUUCUCAUGUCUCAAUGUCACUGGUAAGGCCGAAAAGAAAAGCGACAAUCAAUAAGUCGUACAACGACACACUUGAGGAAUUUCAGUUUGAAGAUGUUAAUCUGAAAGUAUCGACCAAUGAUAUUAAUAAUAGGAGGGCAUCUCCUAAAAAGCCUAUCACCAAUAGUGAAUCCAAAUCCAAUGGGAAUACUAAUACUAAAAUAAUAAAAGAAGUGGCAUCCAUUCCAUUUAAUCUUCAAAGAAGCCCCAUAGAUUCAGAUUACUUUUCAAUUAAAUUGAACUUAACUGAUGCAUAUAUUAACUUAAAGACUCAAACUUUAUAUUGUCCUAAUCAUUAUCAGAUUGACUCUAGUAAACGAAAAAAUGGGAAGAAUAAGGAAGAAUUCCUGUUGAAGAAGGGUGAUUAUAUAUAUAUGGUGAGUGAACCGCCUGGGGAGCCAUACUAUAUCGGAAGAAUAAUAGGCUUUAAAGCUAAAACUUCAAAUGUAAAAAUAGAUGAUUCAGUGGUAGAUGCUAAGGGCUAUACAUUUCAAGUUCAAUGGUUUUAUAGGCCAAGAGAUAUUUCUAAAUCUACUAGUGAUUCAAGAGUACUAUUUGCUUCUAUGCAUACCGAUACUUGUCCACUAGCAAGUUUCCGAGGUUUAGUAACUGUAAUGCAUAAACAUGAUAUAGAGGAUAGAUUCCUUCAAGAAUCAACUGAUAAUAGUAAAUCCAAAAAGCAUCUAAAUCAAAAGAAAUCCGCAUCACCAGGUAAUUCUUCAACUGCUAUUGAUUUGUACAUACAAAAGCCCAAUCACUUUUAUUUCGAAAAAUUAUUUGAUAGAUAUAUGAUCAAAUUUUAUGAUAUUUUACUGACAUCCAACUUAUUACAAUAUGCUAGUGAUGAUAAUGUUACUAGCAAAAAUUUCUUAAUUGCCUUAAAUAAAAGAUUUGAGUUUGUCUUUGUAGAGAGUCAAAGGACAAAGUCUUUUAUUAAUACAUUCAGUUCAAGUGCUUGUAAUUGUGAAAAAUGUGGUCAAUGGUGUGGAAUAUCUCAAGAUUCUAUCAAUUGUGCUGUAUGUGAUAAAUUUUAUCAUAUGUAUUGUUUGGAUCCUCCUUUACUUAAGAAACCAAGUCGAGGAUUCUCAUGGUCUUGUGCGGUAUGUACCAAGAAGCAAGAAAUAGAAUAUCAUAAACGUAAGAUGUUAAUGUUAUCUCAUGAUAAUAAAUCAUCAAAUGAGUUCCAAUUACAUGAAGAAUUGUCGGUAUUAAAUUCUCUCAUUGAUUCACAGGCUGAAUCAGAUGACACUGCUUCAUUAGAAAUUGAACCUGAUGAUGAUGGUAGUGAAACUCCUGUCGAGACAUUACCAAAAUACGAAUCAAUGGCUAUUGAUUUCCUUGAAAAGGAUUCUAAUUAUACCUUGGAAGAAAGAAGAAUAAAUGAAGAAUGGCCCAUGAGAUACUUGGGAAUGCAUGCUCGACUAGAGGAUGCUGUAGAUCCUGAAGAUAGAUCUCCAUACCCAAGAGCAGCAACAAGAAUGGGAGCAAAACAUCAAGCAACCAAUAUUCCAGAAUAUGAAGAUCAUCCUAUAGUGUAUUAUGACAUAGAUAAACCCACAAGUGCCACUAAGAAGAAAUCUAAUGGAUUACCUAAAUCAAAGCUGUCCAAAUCUCAUAAUCUUGUUGACGAUGAAAGAAAAUUAGAAAUACCAGAGCAAUUCAAGAAUAUGUCUAAAAAGGAAUUCCCUCAGUGGCUACAACCGAGACCUAAGGGUUAUAUUGAAAGAGGUGUAGAUGAUGGUGAAGGAAUUACCUGUACGUCUUUAUGGAAAGCCUCUCUGUUUGAUGAAGAAGAUGAUUUUCAUACCUUGGAUGAGUUUAUAAAACGAUGUUCUCCUUUGGCAGCAAAAUUGGAUUUGCUAGAUACUUCACCUAACUUCAUGGAUGCUGUAGUUUAUAACUAUAUGACCUGUAAAGGAGAUCUUGACUCGGCAUAUGAAAAUAUAACUAAACUUACAAGAAAACUGUUAAAGGAACCUACCUUUAAUAAAGAAGAAAUUAAGAGAUUUGAAAGUGGAGUACGAGAAUUUGGAAGUGAAUUAUAUCCUGUAUUCAAAAGAGUCAAAACUCAACCAAGUGCCAUGGUAGUUAGAUUUUAUUAUCUUUGGAAGAAAACCAAGAAUGGUAGAUUGAUUUGGGGGAAUUAUGAGGGAAGAAUGCAAAAGAAGCUUCAAAAUAUAGUCAAGGAUGAAACUUCUAAACAAGGUGCUGUUGAAAAACCAGACCAUAUAGUCAUUGAUAGUUUGGCUGAUCCUGAAGAUGAUUCGUCAUAUGAUAAUGUCAAGGCAGAAACUAAUAAGAGACAAUUCUCCUGUAAACACUGUCAUACUAACAGGUCAUUACAAUGGUUCAGAAUUACCGGGCAUGACGCUGACAAACCUGAGAAGGAUAUUGAGGGAGUCACUCCAUUACCUGAAGGUACUGUUACAGCAUUAUGUUUUAGAUGUGCAAAAUUAUGGAGACGUUAUGCCGUUACUUGGGAGGACCCUAAUGAAAUUGAAAGAAUAAACAAGCAACCAGGAUGGAAGAAAAGAGUUGAACCUGAACUAUUAGAAGAUGUUAAAUAUAUUCUAAAUGAAGCUGAUAGAUUAGGAGCCACAAUCUCAUAUGAUAUUGAUAUGAUUAAGUCACUUCCUUCAAAGUCAGUUAAAGUAAAGGAAAAUUCUGCCCCUGUAGUCGAUAUUCCUAUCAAGAAGGCAACGAAAGAAAUACGUAAAGAGGUAAGUGUUGAACCCAAAAAGAAGAAGAUUGUGAAUAAAUCAACUCAAAAGGAAAAUGUCAAGACUAAGAAAGUUGCUAAUGUUAAGGUAGAAGAUAAAACUAAUUCAAAAUCCGUGAAAGCUAAGAAAGUAAAAGCUUCCGUUAGUGCAAAGGAAGUGAAACCAAAAGCGACUAAGAGGAAACUUGAGCUGGAUCUUCCUGAACUUGAAUCUAAUGAUCCCUCAAAGAUUCAACCUGUAGCUUUGAAGAAACCAAAAAGAGCCAAUGAUGUUACAUACCCAUCUUUCAGCGAGAACUAUUCAUCAUCAAACAUUAAAGGAACAGAAAGAAUAAAGGAUUUGUCAAAGGAUAUGUUACAAAACAUUGUUGAACAGUUCAGAAGAAGGCAAUUAACCAAUUUAGAAUCACAGAUAGCUUCUAUGCAUGUACCUUCUCUGACUUCAGUUUCAGUACCAUUCAGUCCCAAUGAAAGGAAGUGUUGCAUAUGCAGAGAACAUGACAUAAAUACCAAAUCUGGACUUGAAAUGCUUAUUUGCUCUAGCUGUGGUGUUAAUAUUCAUGCCUCCUGUGCUGGUAUUCAGGUGGGUGAAAAAACACCUCGUCCUGUUAAGGAAUGGUUAUGUGAAGUAUGUAUAAAUGAUGUUCAGCCACAUAACUCCACUAUAUAUUCCUGUUCUUUAUGCUUUGCCAAUGAAGCUAAUUAUGAGUUGGCAUUUUUAGGAUCAACAUUAGUACGUCCAGAUUUCUUGAAGCCAAUAUAUGACUCUAAUAAGUGGUGUCAUGUUUUAUGUGCUAUAUUUAAUCAUGAACAUGUUACGUUGAGAGGUCAUCAACCUAUUCAGCAUUCGUUAAAUCGUCAAUCUCCACCAAAUGAUUCAUAUAUUACUGAUAAUGGAAUAGCAUUUGAAAGCGUUUCCGAUAUAUUCGUUAGACCUAAUAAUCCUUCUUGUGGAAUAUGCUCUGCAAGAAAUGGUUCAAUGAUAUGUUGUGAAAUAUGUGGACCAAGUGAUAAAUACCACGUUACUUGUGCUCAAGAUACUCCUAAUUUUAAACUCGGAUUUUCUUUGGAUCAUCGAUCAGUAAAGGAAAAGGACUCUUAUCUAGUUUCUGUUAAUGGAUCUUAUGGCAUACUUCAUCCUAUUUUAAUUUGUCCAAAGCAUGAUCAGACAUCAUCAACUGUUUUUGGUAUGCGUACAUUAGGUAAGAGAGUUCAUGGUACAAGUAAAGAUGAAGGUAAACCAUUAAUUCAAUUAUAUCUUGAAGAUAUAACCAGACAAAACUAUUUAUUGAAACCGGGCCCACAAUCUAAGUCCAAGUUUUACAUUGAACGAUUUAAAGCAUCUGUAGAAGAUAGUCAAGAAGGUUUUCUGUGGAAAGCUGAUCCUGAGCUGCCUAUUAAAGCCAAGAAGAAUUGCAUACAUUGUAUAGAAUGCAGUACCACUACAUCACCCAUAUGGUGGGAACAUUUUGCUACAAACAGUACUAUCACUACGACUACUAAUGGUACAAGAGGUUAUUUAUGUCAAAUAUGUUAUCAUAAUAGUCUCGAUAAGGAAGAAAAGAAUGAAAUUGAAAUUGAUACUGAAACAGAAACUGGAACAGAAACUAAAGUUGUUUCAGAGGAAGAAGAUACUGAGACCUUUGUACAAGCAUUAAAUGCUCCAUUAAUUGGACUGCACUAUGGAAUCCAAGAUCAAACAGAUAAUGUUCGCUCAAUUUUUGUGCCUACAUUAAGAGCAGUUAAGGCUAAUUAUGCAAAUCUUGGCAGACUUGCCACCAGGAGCUAG